CUUGCAACAGCUGUGAGCCGCAGCCUCUGGAGCUGGAGUAGGGUGGUUUGUCACGCACCAAGCAGAGCUCACAAGUUAACACGAAUACUUCAGGAUACACGCGAAAAAUACUAAUGAUCAGAGGAGUCGGACGAUCCAAAUUAUAGAACUGAAAAAACCUGAUUAAUAUAUAGAGGUUUUAAAAUAAGUUAUGGAUACAACUUUGCAUUUACUGCAAACGGAAACAAAAAGUGUUGGUACAAUUUUAGGCACUUCAUUGAAGCUCAACUGCACAACAAUGCCGAGUGAAGUGUUCAACGAACAGAUGGGGCUGUCUGGCAAAAUCCCUCUUGUCAAGCCUUAUUUAAAAAAGAAACACGCUCCGAGGAAGUUGGAUACAAAAUGUCUCCGGGCAUUGGAUCCCAUCCUGACCAGUUUAUUAAGCUCAGAUGCACUUGUAGGGGGAGGCGAUGGGGUCUUUGUACCCAGGAGUCAGUCCAGAAGCCAAAGAAAUUUGUGCGAGGCUGUUGUACAAAAGCAAACGAGGAUAAACCAGAUUUGCUUAAAAGAAGGGGGUGCUGUGCCUGGGUUGACACCGCGCGCUGAAGCAGCACAGCUAACUGACCCGAACGCUAAACUUGUGGAACCCGAACAAGAGGUUCAAAUUCAGUCUGGUGGUACAAUAGAUUCUGAUGAGCCCAGUUUUCAGCCGCCGGCAAGCGAAAAGGCGGUGGCUAGUAGUGGUGCCAGUCCGUCGUGUCAAGAUGACAAGAUGAAUGAAAUCUACCCCUCUGAGUCGUUCCAGGGUGCUAAUUGCCUUGCUGACAAUGACAGCCUCGUGCAAAGCGGGAUCUUCCAGGAUAAAAGCGAGGAAGCCUCGUUGGAUCUUGUGUUUGAACUACUGACCCAGCUGCAGUAUCACACGCAACAAGGGGACGGGAUAUCGGUCUGCGUGGAUUUUCUGCAGGGGUGCUGUGGUUAUGGCAACGACUGCCCCGAACAUCACACGGUGCUGCCUUACCACUGGCAGAUCAGGAAGACUGGGACUCCGAUUUGGCAAAGUGUUUCCGACGAAUCGCAGGAACAAUUGGAAAGACUCUAUUGUAACCCAGACAAUGAACAAGUCAAGCUUAAAUAUCAGGGACGUGUUUUUGCACUGGAUUUCAGCCUCAUGAGGGUUGCCGAUGUAGAAUAUGACCUGGUGCGGAGAUUGUCUACUCCUCCCAGCACAAACAUAAACUCCAACUACCACACUGUGUGGAAGUACUACUGCCGGGACAGCUUCGGCUGGAGGGAGUACUCUGAGCCAGUUGUUCGAUUGAUAGAAGAAGCUACCUGCAGGGGGUUAAAGGAAGUGCGCUUUGUGACUUUGCAAAAUCAGUACAUCCUGAACAUCAAAGAAGGGUUCCAGCAGAACGCCAUCUUUGGUUUCAGAAGACAGAUCAAGAAAAGACCCCUUUUCCUCUCCACAGUCAUGCUGAUGCCUUACUUACAAACGCUUAGUGGCCUCUCUUUACCAAUAUCUCCAGUAAGCGGAACAGCUUCCUCUGAACCCCUAUCUCCAACUACCUCUCUGAAGAUUUAUCCUGAAACUUGGAUUUUGAUGGAUUCCUUUCAGGAUUUUAUGCAAGUGCCUGUGUCUAAGGAAGACAAAAGCUACAGAACUGUCUAUAGUCUCUUCCACAAGACUGUAUCAGAGACAAAAUUUAAGAUCAUGAAGAUCACCAGGGUGCAGAAUCCUUUCCUUUGGGAAAAGUAUAAAAGGAAGAAGGAGUACAUGUCUAGAAAAAUGAGCGAAAUGGACCGCAUGAUAAACGAAAGACACCUGUUCCACGGGACCUCCCAGGACGCCGUCGACGGGAUCUGCAAACACAACUUCGACCCGCGGGUCAGUGGGAAACACGCCACCAUGUUUGGACAGGGAAGCUACUUUGCCAGAAAGGCCAUCUACUCACACAACUUUUCCAAACGGUCUCCGAAGGGAGUUCACUAUAUGUUUCUAGCCAAGGUGCUCACAGGGAAAUUCGUAGUGGGCAACGCCACCAUGAGGAGGCCACCGCCUUUGAACGCCAACGACCCAUCCAGUGACUUGUUCGACUCUUGCGUUGACAAUUGGAUAGACCCUCAAAUUUUUGUCGUUUUCAAUGAUGACCAGAGCUACCCUUAUUUCAUUAUACAGUAUGAAGAAGUUUCUAAUACUGUCGCCAUUUAGUCUGUUUUGCUGCUAAACCCUGCUGAAGAAAAGUCAGUGAACCAUAAGGAAAGAAGCAGAACGGUUUCUGAGUCAGGGUUUCUAUGAAUCAGAUGUAUCAGACCUAUGUCUGUAUUUCAAGCUAUGGAGGUUAAAAAAGGCAGUUAUCUUACAGCUGUAUAUGGGUGAGCAGUUAUCCUUCGCUGCUAGACAAAGUAAAAAUUGACAAAAAUUAAAAAUUUGACAAGAC